UCGGGAGAGCGCACGACACCACACCAAUGACAGGUGCAGUGUGCGGCGUGGUCCUUGCUGCCAGUGUCAGUCAAUACCAACGUAGCCAGUGCUGCGUACACCAGCGCCAGUGCAGCCGCCACUUGCAGCUGAGCACGCCUGAUGCGGGCGAGUGAGUCGUCCCCGGCGGCAGCUCCAAUUUCCUGGGCUGUGUGUGGCCUGAGGCGAGCUGGCCGAGCGGGCUGGCGGCGCACGUCUCUCCCAGCCGGGAAAUGCGGCGGGUGUGGGCGCCCCACUGCUGCGCCUAGCACUUCAGGAUCCAGGCCCGGCAGCUUCUGCCCGCAUGCCUUAAGAAUCUCCCUGCAAUCCACCACUGACAGACUCACACUGCAGCUUGGAAAGCCGCGCAGGCCUGUCUUUACGCUAGCGGCGCCCAGUGGCCCACGCUGGCCCAAUUGUCCAGGAAGGCGUGAUGAGACCCCGACGCUGCCCACUCCCUGGCAGCCAGGGAAAGAGCCUUCAGCGGUGGCCUUGGGACGCAGACAGCGCGUGGUCCAGCCAGUGGAGUGAGCCUGGUCUUCGCAGCCCGCAGUGACACCAGCACACGCCAGGCUUGCAGCUAUGC